CUCGCGACAGCUCAAGGUCUCGCAGUCAGGAGUCAGAAGGUACGGUUGUGGUACACGUUCUAGAAACCAAAAGGGAAGGUUCUUCUGCCGUGCCAGUGCUAUUUUCUCGAGUGGGGCCCGCCUGCAGUACAGUGUAGAGGUAAGGAAGCAAAAAAGGCAGCGAAAUUAGCUAUGCAAAUGCCCCUUUUGAUUACCCGGGGUCUAACGUAAGGCAAUUGCGCACUGCAAGAAAGCAGGCACGAAAUUCUCUGAAGCUCCCUCUCUCUCCCCCUCUCUCUCUCUCUAUGAUGACUUGGCCGGCAAGCUAAAAAUAUACACUAGUGAAAUGAGCGUGUUACUUCAUAGCAGCAAGAGUGUACCAAGAUUGCUAGUUGUCGUACUGCCCAGCAUAUUCUCAACAAGCAUGAGCCCUGACGCCGCGUUCGCGCUCGAGAUCGCCGCGGUGGUCACCGUGGCGGUGCUGAUCGUGGCCAUCGUUGCUGCCGCCUCGGGCGCCUGCGAUGGCGGCGCCGGGCGCGCUGCGGUGCACAACGUCGAGCGCGUGCUCGGGGCCGCCACGCUCAUGACGUACGAGCAGGCGCAGGCGGCCGGGAAGAGGUCGCAGCCGCCGCGGCCGUCGACGGAGGGGAAGGAGGAGGCGCAGUGCUGCGCCAUCUGCCUGUCGGAGUACGCCAAGGGCGACGAGCUCGUGCGGGUGGUGCCAGCGUGCGGGCACUUCUUCCACGCGAGGUGCAACGUCGACAAGUGGCUCCGGGCGCGCCGGACGUGCCCGCUCUGCCGCGGUGGGCUGUGGCCGCUGCCGAGUCCGCCACGGCCGGAGUGCUCGCCGAUGCCGCCGCGAUCGGGCGGCGCCACAGUGGGCUCGCCGUUGUGAGUCAAUCUGCUUAUUUCAUCAGCUUCCAUUGUUGGUUCUUGAUUAGUUCCUUAGGAUUUUGUAGAGAGAGAGAGAGGGAUUAUUGCUCUUGGACUCGUUAUUCCAGAGGUGAAUUGGUGCAAAAAAUUAUUUUGUUCCAUGAAAAAUCUUCGCAGGCCUUGUUCCUGUCAAGAUUCUCUUGUUUUUCUUGUCGAUUCUUGUAUUGCACUGUGGCAGUGACCACGGAGUCCUAGGGUGCAGAACUACUGCAGUUGACUAGUAGCUCCAUUUGGAGUCAGUCACUGAUUUGCCUCUCAAUUUGGUGCAUGGAGCUAGAAUUUCACACGAUUCAAUUCAAUUACAACACACAUGAUAAAACAAUCAACUAAUCAAAGAGUGCCCCCCAAAUCGACCUCUCGUCCUUGAUGACAAAACAGAGUGCUGCUGCACAUACCCUCUUAAUCAAUCAGAUUAAGACUUGAAGCAUCCCCAUUAUUCCCUCAUUAUCUGAGGCCGGCUCUGCCUUGAAUUAGAUUCAGACUUGAAGCUGAAGCUCUCGCACAAAUCAAUCAAAUGUGGAGAAUCCGAACGUGAUCACGGGACGCGUAACCCGGAUAAAAUACAGUCUACAGAGCUCAAGGCACAGAAAAACAAGCGGGAAGGUUCUCCUCUCCUGUGGCAGUGCCGCUGGUUGCACAAGUUGGGCAGCUGCAGUUUUAGCAAUUCAAUGCAAUGGCCAUUUUCAUUAU